CAGAUUUGAAUAAAAACAAUGAAGUCAAGCGGCUGUUGUGCUUGUUGCUGGCAAAAUGUGCCGGCGUGCUUUGUGGCUGCUGUGCGCUGGCUUGCUGUUCAGCGCCUCGCUGGGCUGCUAUCAGUGCUUUGUUGAUGUGGAGGAGAGCCUUCGUCUGUGCUGGGGUCACAUUUUGACUGAAUACAACGUCAGGAACGUCGACGCCUGCUUCCAGAUGCUGGACCGUAUAUUCAACAACAACCAGAGCGUAAUUGAAGCUGGGAGAGUGGGUAAAGGUUAUGAUCAACAGCUAAAGGAGAUUCUGGAUGCAGAGAUCUUGUCCGUGGUUGAAGAAUUCAGCAAUCAGCUGAAUAACGACUCGGUGUACGAGGAACGGCUGCAGACGGCGGCAGACAAUUUCAUCGCAGCUGCCUCCAAACUGCCUAGAGUUUCUGGAUGUGUCCCUCCAUGUGGUGUCCAGAGUGAAGGUGCAGUGUACAACUGCAUCACCUGCCAGUUUGACUCCUGUGAGUUCCCCCUGGAUUGUCCAGUCACGGAAAUGAACGUCACGCAGUACAGCAGCAGCCGAAUGUGGUGCCAGGUGCCGUUUCAGCUGCCGCGUGACCUGGAGGUGAUCUGGAGGUUUGCAGAGAAGGUUAAGACCCAGCAGGUGGAUCAGUUUAAAGAAGUGACUGUGGGGGUGGACAGGCUCUACUCCAUCCCUUCAACCAGGCUACAGAAUCAGGGCACCUACCAGUGUGAGAUCUUCUCAGGCCAGCGCUCCAUUGUGAGACUCUACUAUUACCUCGCAGUGACCCCCCAGGUUGUGGCAGGCCACACGGAGCUGCAGGAGACAUUCGACCUGUCUCUGCUCCCAGGAGGGCGGCUGCUCCCUGCGCCUGGUGGUCCUCCUCCUCAGCCUCCCCUCCUCCCGUCCCCGCUGCUUCUCGCCGCCUGUUUAACUGCUGUGCUGCUGCUGCUGUUUCUCUCCCUGGGGACUCUCUAUUUUUUAACAGUGCCGGAGCGAGAGAGUGAUUGUGAAGAACAAGCACAUGGAGAUGAGGGUUUGGCAUCCUGACAGUUCUAAAGCCCUUCUUCAUCUUUCUCUUGCAACUGAUUCCUCAACCUUCAGCAGAGAUCUGGAAUUUCUUCAUAUACUAAGUCUUCACUGAAUUAGGCUGCCACCAUAACGAAGGACAAUCUGCCACUAAGAGUGUUGUUCGUCAAUAAAUGUGCUUUUAUAAAUUUAAAA